CUGGCGGAGUGCUGGCCGGCUGGUGUGGUGGAGGACGGGGAGAGAAGAAGAAGGAGGAUCCGGGAGCAAGCGACAACAAAAAGGGUCUGGCCUGGGACUUGGCAAAACGGGAUCAUCGAAGGUUCAUUGAAGGAUCGUCAUUUUUUUGUUCCUUUGAUUUUAUUUCUCAUAUUUUGAAGCUUCUUCUGUUUUCCAUUGAGAAUAUCAUCCGUACGAUUUGCACUUUUGGCGAUGCCUUCCAACACUGUUGCCACCAACAACACCGCUGCAUUCCAAAGCUUAGACUACACCUGCGAUGCACCUGGGAACAGAAUGAGGGAGAGCGCGAUACUGGACAAAGAGCUGGCACCAGAAGAGAAAUCCUCUAAAAGCAACACCAGCUGUAAAGAGGGCCGGCCUGCUGGGAGAAAACACAAGCAGAUCGCUGCGGAGGGCAGUGUGUCUGUGAAGGACAGUGUGCCCGGAGGCGGGGGCAACAGUCUCACCGGGGUGGCAGCAGAAAGAGAGAGAGUGUCUGUGGCGCAGGUGCAGAAUGGUGUCAUGAGCGGCGGGCACACAGACAGAGACAGGACCCAGGCUGAUGCCAGCAGCGGGCGCACAGACAGAGACAGGACCCAGGCUGAUGCCAGCGGCGGGCACACAGACAGAGACAGGACCCAGGCUGAUGCCAGCAGCGGGCACACAGACAGAGACAGGACCCAGGCUGAUGCCAGCAGCUGCCCCAAGCAAGAGAGGAAAGGUCCAGAGAAGAACGGGUUACCAGAUGCCCCUGGUUCCCCCAGUGCCAGUCAGUCUGAAGACGGUCCCCCGGGACCACCCACCCUCCUGCAAAAGAGCCGGAGCCCCCCCUCCCUGGAGAACAGGUUUCUAGUGAGGCGGGAGCCGAGCCGGGAGCCGAGCCGGGACGAGCAGGAGGACUCUGAGAAAGACAAAGAGGAGACUCUGACAACUCCGCCACGCAAGAAACGAGGCAGGCGGAAACUGGAGCGCCCAACAAAAUAUGUGGAGCAGAAGGAGGAUGGAGGUGAUACAGCCAAGAAACAGGGAGUUGGAGGCCCUGGGACAGGCAGGCUGCGUGGCUCCGUCAGUCUGCGUCAGAGGCCCAUUCCCAGAGUAACCUUCCAGGCCGGGGACCCAUAUUACAUUAGCAAGAGGACCAGGGAGGAGUGGCUGGCCAAGUGGAAGAUGGAGGCAGAGAAAAAAGCCCAACUGGUGUCAGUGUUGAACUUAAUGGAGGACCAUGAGGAGAUGGAGCCUGAGCCACAACAGAAAGAAGAGGUGUCAGUCAUCACACCCCACCAGCAACAACAACAACAACAGCAGCCCACGGACCCAGCGUCCCCGACUGUGGCCACCACACCUGAACCUGUCCCCAUGGCAGGAGGGGACAAGACAUCCCCCAAGACUGCCGAUACUGAGCCGGAGUACGAGGACGGGCGGGAUUUCGGCAUUGGGGAGCUGGUGUGGGGAAAGCUGAGGGGGUUUUCCUGGUGGCCUGGUCGUAUUGUCUCCUGGUGGAUGACCGGACGCAGCCGAGCUGCCGAGGGGACACGAUGGGUCAUGUGGUUCGGUGACGGAAAAUUCUCAGUGGUGUGUGUAGAGAAACUGUUGCCUUUCAGUUCCUUCUCCAACGCCUUCCAUCAGCCCACCUUCAUCAAGCAGCCCAUGUAUAAGAAAGCCAUCUACGAGGUGCUACAGGUGGCUAGCACCCGUGCAGGCAAAGCCUUCCUUGCCUGUCCAGAGAGCGAUGAGACAGACACCUCCAAGUCAGUGGAUCUACACAACAACCAGAUGAUAGAUUGGGCUAUGACAGGCUUCCAACCCACCGGGCCCAAGGGCCUAGAGCCACCAGAAGAGGAGCGUAACCCAUAUAAGGAGGUGUACCCUGACGUCUGGGUGGAGCCAGAGGCGGCAGCCUACACGCCCCCUCCAGCCAAAAAGCCUCGCAAAAGCACAGCAGUCGAGAAACCCAAGGUCAAGGAGAUGAUUGAUGAGGGGACGAGAGAGAGACUCGUGUAUGAAGUGAGACAGAAGUGCAGAAGCAUAGAGGACAUCUGCAUCUCCUGUGGAAGUUUGAAUGUUUCCCGUGAACACCCUCUGUUUGCUGGAGGAAUGUGCCAGAGCUGUAAGAACUGCUUUCUAGAAUGUGCAUAUCAGUAUGAUGACGAUGGUUACCAGUCAUACUGCACCAUCUGCUGUGGGGGACGAGAGGUUCUCAUGUGUGGGAACAACAACUGCUGCAGGUGUUUCUGUGUGGAGUGUGUUGACCUACUUGUGGGGCCAGGUGCAGCACAGAUAGCUAUUAAAGAGGAUCCCUGGUGCUGCUACAUGUGUGAGAAGGGCCAGAAGGGAGUGUUCGGCCUGCUGGAGCGUCACACUGAUUGGCCCUGCCGUCUACAGCACUUCUUCGCUAACAAUCACGACCAAGAUUUUGAACAACCAAAGCUUUACCCUCCAGUCAUGGCAGAGAAGAGACAACCUAUUCGUGUCCUGUCACUGUUCGACGGCAUAGCAACAGGUCUGCUGGUGCUAAAGGAGCUGGGUAUCCAGGUGGAGCGCUAUGUGGCGUCGGAGGUGUGUGAGGACUCUAUCACGGUGGGCAUCGUCAGGCAUCAGGGACGCAUCAUGUACGUGGGCGACGUGAGGAACGUCACACGCAAACAUUUACACGAGUGGGGCCCCUUUGACUUAGUGAUUGGUGGAAGUCCGUGUAACGACCUCUCUAUUGUCAACCCAGCUAGGAAGGGUCUUUAUGAGGGCACUGGUCGGCUGUUCUUUGAGUUCUACCGCCUGCUGCACGAGGCUCGGCCCAAAGAGGGCGACAACCGGCCGUUCUUCUGGCUCUUUGAAAACGUGGUGGCAAUGGGCGUCAGUGACAAGAGAGACAUCUCUCGCUUUCUAGAGUGUAACCCGGUGAUGAUCGAUGCCAAGGAGGUGACUGCUGCCCAUCGUGCUCGCUACUUCUGGGGCAACCUGCCUGGCAUGAACAGGUUGGUGAGAGAACGGCCCUUGACGGCCAUGUUCACUGACAGACUAGACCUUCAGGACUGUUUGGAGCACGGCAGAACAGCGAAGUUUGGCAAAGUGAGGACCAUCACCACUCGCUCUAAUUCCAUUAAGCAGGGUAAAGACCAGCACUUUCCCGUCUUCAUGAACGAGAAGGAGGACAUUCUUUGGUGCACUGAGAUGGAGAGGGUGUUUGGCUUCCCAGUCCAUUACACAGACGUGUCCAACAUGAGUCGGCUGGCCAGGCAAAGGCUUCUGGGAAGGUCGUGGAGUGUACCGGUCAUCCGACACUUGUUUGCACCACUCAAAGAAUAUUUUGCCUGCGUUUAACAAGACUUGACUCAACAAGACCAUCACAAACAUAGAACUGAUGUUGUAACCAGAAACAUGAGCAUUGGUGAAAUUAUACUACUCUCUGGUACCUGGUAUCAUUUCCCAGGCAAGCAAAACAUCAUGAAAGUAAAUAUUUCAAAUUAUUUCUUGUAAUUUGAAAUGUACUUCUUAUUCUAUUUAAUAUGUAUAUGUCAUUUUACCUUUUAGCAGUGUUAUCCAGUAUUUUUUUAAUUGAUUUAUUUGUGCAAGCUAUACUUGAGACAAGGCUUUCUUCUCAAGGCACUGAGAAAGAAGAAACUAGGAUCUGUGUGGCUUUUAGAAUAAGGACUAGGAUUGGAUGAUUGGAAAAGAUCUGAAAGAGAGUUGAUGAUACUGUAUGUACAGUAUGUAUGUGAAAGAUAUUGGCUGUGUAGGCAUGAUUUUCUAUUGGCCAAUAUCUGAAGUGGGUAAAGCAAGCCAGCGAUAGUAUAGUCAUGUUGAGUUUUGAUUCCUCCAGCUACUGAGCCUCGCAGAGCUAAAGUGAAUAAGGGUGAUUGUCUUCAGUGUCAUAGAAAGCUGUGUCUUAAUGAAUCCAAAACAUCAGAUCACAUAUACCUCUUUGUUUAAAGUUUAUAUACACAGUUAACUGAAGGUAAAGGUACUACUGUAAAAUGGUUUCAAUACCAUGGUGCUUCACGACGAUAGGAAGCAUCACAGGUCAUGUGGCACAGGCACUACACUUUAGACAAGAUGGGAAUUUAUUUUUUUUACGUUUUUUUUUCAGUGUAGUUUUUUCACUAUUUAAAGAAGUUCUGUGUUAUUUUAGUAAAUUUAAAUGAUUUCAAAGUGGCGAUUAAAGGUGUGGUGACAGAAGACUGCAGAACAAUAUGCCAUAUCCUCCUCUUUUCUGUUUUACAGCUUUUAUAAACAUCAAUUCUACUGGUGUUUUUAAAAGAAUUGUUCAAGCCUUGCUACAUGUAAACUCAGGCCCCCCCAUGCAUGCCUGUGUCUGACUCUGCACAAACACAACAUGAAGCUAGCCACAUGGGCGGUGAUGCAUUCUGUCGUUACAACAACAACAAAAUACCUUAAGAUCAAAGUCUGUGGUGAUGCUUCUUUUCUAAUGUCAUCACUGUACAACUGUUAGUGAGCACGGUGGUUGGACUGGAGGGAGGGCAGAUGGCCUGGGGUUUCCACAAUAAAGUAAAGACUCUCCUUCCCUUUUUCACCCCUGCAAACUACAUACUGUCAGGUGCAAAUCUUCUAACAAAAUGGUGCGGCUUCACAAUGUUCUUCUACCUUUUUAUAGCGAUUUUGUGCUGUUUUACCAACAUUAUAAAAGCACUUUUUUAUAUGUAUACUUUUUUUUUCUUCAGUAUUUUAAAAUGUUUCUUCUUGGUUUUUCUUGUGAAAUGUUGUUUUUAUGAUGUGAACUGUUCUACAGCUGUGUAAUAGAGUAUGUUUUCUAUACAGUAGGGCUGUGCCAAUAGAAGUGGAAGAAUGGACUCAUAGAAUUAUGUUAAAUCCAUGUAUCCAUGGAAACGAUUGAUUAUUGAUCCUACUCAAUGUACAGUAGAUUCAUAGAAAAUGAUUGAUGUGCUCCAUUUUCAUAUUGUCUUCUGUUGAAAGCCGUAAUUCAGUAUACCAUUCUCUGGAUAAAAAAAGACAUUGUAGAAUUUAAAACAGAGUUAAGGAACUAUGUUAUACCGUAUGUUUGUAACGUUACCUUUCCAAAUGAAUACCAGACCGCAGAUGCAAUGUCCUCUGCACCUUCCUCUUGUAGACCUCAAGUAAUUAGAAAAAGCGAGAGUGAUAGAGACAGAUUUUCAAACUGAUUACAGGGCCUGCUCCAGGCAUAAGCGUUUUUUGUUUUUUUUAGGAACUCAGUCUGAACUUACUGAACUUACUGAACGUACUGAACAUACUGAACUUACUGAACGUACUGAACGUACUGAACUUACUGAACGUACUGAACUUACUGAACGUACUGAACUUACUGAACGUACUGAACUUACUGAACGUACUGAACUUACUGAACGUACUGAACUUACUGAACUUACUGAACUUACUAUUGAAAGUAAGAAUAGUUCAAUACACCAGGUGCAAUUUAGACAUUUGUUUGGGCAUCAUUCUGCAGUUUUUCUUUUGUAUGUCAGUCACUGACAGUCACUCAAUUGGCCAUGUCAGCUAACCAUUUUUAGAUUGGUAGUUAGUCUAGCCUGCUAUCUAAACUUGAGUAGUUAUGGCCAAAUACUGACCGGGCAAGCAGGGCACGUGCCUAGGGCCCUGACUUCAAGGGGGCCCCAUUUAUUUGGUUAGUUAUUCUCACUCUAAAUCUUGGCAAAAUGGAUAGAUUUGAUUUAUGAUUUGAUUUAGAAGUGCAGGAAAUUAGCUAUAGAACUGAAAAAUAAAUUCUCUGCCCCAUGGCAAAAUGAGUAGAAUUGCAUGAAAUGUGUGAUGAAAUUGCAAAAAUAAUUCUCUGUCCAAUGGCAAAAUGUGUAGAAUUGCAGAAAAUUUUAUUUAAAACUGCAACAUUUUCUCUACGCCCCAUGGCAAGAUGUGUAGAAUUGCUGGGAAUUCAUUUUUAAAUGUGUGGACGAUUUAGAAAUGAGUUUUUCAGAACUCAAAACUGAAGAGUGAACGGUGACCAGAAAAAAUACAUUAGCAGAGAUGAUGACUUACCAAUGUUCUAUCUAAAUAUUCAAAAUGACUUCAUUUCAUAAAUGUAGUUUCAUACAUGAUUAAGUUCUUAAGUGACCUUAUCGUAUCCUUUCCACCUUUUUAGUUGAACUUCGGACAUUGGGUUUGCAGGAAUCCUCAUGCGUUGUGUUGACAUUGAUGUUAAUUCCCUCUCCCUGUAGUAAAUGACCAUGCCCCUUGUACAGUUUGUACAUAGAGUUUUCCUGUCACUGUUUUUGAUUUGUUUUUCUCUGUUUGAAUUACCUAUGAGAUGUACAAAUAUAAUUCUUUGCUAAUAUAUAUCAUGGAAUUAGAAAAAAAAAAGAUUAGGUGAAAAAGUCAAAAGAAAAUCAAGUAAAAUAGUUUUUUUUUUUAAAUAUCAUAAUAAGCUAUGAAGCAUUAGAGGGUAGACUCCAAGUGUUGCCUUCUAGUACUGUUCAUUUGUUUGAUUUGUUUUUUGAUGUUUUGAGUGAGUCCUGAGUGAAUCCAGUUUAAAUGUGUCAAGUGAUCUUUAGCCUAAUAAUGACAGCUUUAAGAUGCAACGGUCUCUACUUCACUGCACAGCCCUACAUAAUGUUGGUUGUUUUUGCCUUUUGUUUCUUUUUAUAAGAACUAUAAAGAGGGAUUGUAGGUGUUUCUGACGGUGCUAAACAUUUUAUCUAAUCAAGAAAAAAUAUAUUUGUUUUGGAAGAGAAAUAAAACUUGUCUUGACAAUGA